AUGUGGAAGAAAAUUGGAUAUAUAUUUUGUUUAAGUAGUGGAUUUAACUUUGUAUUAUUUCAGGCAUUGUUGGUACAUUUAAAGUUUGGGAAACUUAAUGUGGAGUUGGAACCCGAGAGGGUUCCAGCAGCUAGUAAAGCCUGCCUGGCAGUAGGAAUCAUCCACUUAAUAAUUGUAGUUUUAUCUAUUCUAUAUUUAAACGGGGUAAUAAAGUUUAAUCCCAUCCAUUAUUUUAUGAGGGUUCUUAACAUGGCAGGAAGACAUGGACCUGCUACAGGUCAGAAUAGGUACAGAAUGUUUACCGAGUACCAUUUUGAAUCACAAAUUCCAGCAUCUCCUUCAGAUGAUCUUAAUGACCAGGACAACACAACUCCAUUGUUGGAUAAUUCAGUGUCAAGGAGAAUGGAUUCUCAGGCGAAAAUACCAAUUCCUCCAUACGUAAAUGUAUCAAGAACACAUUCUAACAGUGUGGUUAAUCUACAUGAACCUACUCACUCAGACUCUAUGGCAGUUAAUCGUAGCACAGACGCCGAAAGUAUACAGAAAAAACCAUCUAUAGAAUUAAUUGAUUUGAACUAA